GAAGAAUAAGACGAAGAAGAACAAGACAAACAAGAAUGAGAAGAACAAGAAGAAUAAGACGAAGAACAACAAGAAGAACAAAGUGAGCAAGAACAAGGGCACGGAGAACAGGGCCACCGCCGAAGGGGAGACUGAAUCCAAGGGCCAAUCGUGUCGUCUGGGCAAGAAGUGCAAGAAGGCCAAUGGUGUGUGCCAGUCUCCGUGGGACAACUGCAAGGGCCAGAUCAUUGACGGGGCCUGCGAUACUGAAGGAUGCGUCUGCUGCGCCCCCAAGACCAAGAAGAAGAAGAACAAGUGCAAGAUCCAGAAGGCGUGCAAGAAGAAGAAGGGCAAGUGCCAGCCCGAACACAAGCGCUGCAAGGGCAAGACCAGCAAGAAGGGAUGCAAGGGCAAGAACUGCGUCUGCUGCUACAGCUCAGAAGAAGACCUGCGAGGAACUCAAGGGUCGGUGCGUCAAAUAUAAUAAGUUGGACGAGAAGUGCCUUGGCACCCAAGACUUGACCGCGCACUGCCGAAGCCAUAAGAAGAUCUGCUGCCUGCCUCCAGCCCAAGACGCCGCCGUUGCCACUCAACCAUGCGCUGCGGGGGUUGGUGCGACAGGUGGUGAGGCAGGUGGAGAGGCAGCAGGUGAGCAGACAGGUGCGCAGGUGGCGGCGGGAGGCGAAGCAGGAGCAGAACAGCCAACAGGGGAAGCAGGAGCAGAACAGCCAGCAGGGGAAGCAGGAGCAGAACAGCCAGCAGGGGAAGCAGGAGCAGAACAGCCAGCAGGGGAAGCAGGAGCAGAACAGCCAGCAGGGGAAGCAGGAGCAGAACAGCCAGCAGGGGAAGCAGGAGCAGAACAGCCAGCAGGGGAAGCAGGAGCAGAACAGCCAGCAGGGGAAGCAGGAGCAGAACAGCCAGCAGGGGAAGCAGGAGCAGAACAGCCAGCAGGGGAAGCAGGAGCAGAACAGCCAGCAGGGGAAGUAGGAGCAGAAGCAGAACAGGCAGGAGAACAGGCAGGAGAACAACCAGAUGGAGAGCAGCCAGCAGCAGGAGCCGCAGAAGGCGAAGCAGCAGCAGCAGGAGAAGGAGCAGGUCGCCACAUUAGGGCAGCAGAGGAAGAAGGACAAGAUGAUGAUGAGGAAGAGUUCGACGAAGAAGAAUAUGAAGACGAGGAAGAAGAUGAAGAUGCCGAAGAAGACGUAGAAGAAGAGGAAGAGGAAGAAGAGUUCCCAUUGGAAGGAGAGGCAAGCCAAAUAGUGUUGAGAAGAGUAAACAAGAAUGGAGAAGAAAUAUUGGAUAGCUUGACGCAGAGGAAGGUGAAGAAGAACAAGAACGAGAAGAAGAACAAGAAGAAUAAGACGAAGAAGAACAAGACAAACAAGAAUGAGAAGAACAAGACAAACAAGAAUGAGAAGAACAAGAAGAAUAAGACGAAGAACAACAAGAAGAACAAAGUGAGCAAGAACAAGGGCACGGAGAACAGGGCCACCGCCGAAGGGGAGACUGAAUCCAAGGGCCAAUCGUGUCGUCUUGGCAAGAAGUGCAAGAAGGCCAAUGGUGUGUGCCAGUCUCCGUGGGACAACUGCAAGGGCCAGAUCAUUGACGGGGCCUGCGAUACUGAAGGAUGCGUCUGCUGCGCCCCCAAGACCAAGAAGAAGAAGAACAAGUGCAAGAUCCAGAAGGCGUGCAGGAAGAAGAAGGGCAAGUGCCAGCCCGAACACAAGCGCUGCAAGGGCAAGACCAGCAAGAAGGGAUGCAAGGGCAAGAACUGCGUCUGCUGCUACAAGAAGAAGAAUUGCCGGCAGAGCGACGAAUGCGCGAAACUCAGUGGAAAAUGCCAGAACAAGAAGAAGACUUGCAGCGGCUCGAUCUCCGAAGAGGCCUGCAAGGGCAAGAACUGCGUGUGUUGCAUUGGCAUUGAGGAACCCGAGGUGUGCGAGCCAUCCGAGGAAUGCACCAAGGUUGAGGGCCAGUGUCAGAGCAAGGAUAGUGAAUGUGCUGGUUGGAUCAUUGAGGAGAAGUGCGCCGGAGAUAAUUGUGUUUGUUGCAUCAAUGAGCAGGUGGUGUGCGAUCAAGCAGAUGAGUGUGAGAAGAUCAAGGGCGUUUGCCAGAGCAGGUCAAGCGAGUGCGAUGGUUGGGCCAUUGACAACAUGUGCACCGGUGAUGACUGUGUGUGUUGCAUCGAUGAGCAGGUGGUGUGCGAACAGUCCAUGGAGUGUGAGAAGAUCCACGGCAAGUGCCAGGACAAGGACAGCGAGUGCCACGGCUGGGCCAUCGACAAAGUGUGCGAGGGUGAAAACUGCGUGUGUUGCAUCCAUGAGGAGCCGGUGUGUGAACAGUCAGUGGAGUGUAUGAAGAUCAAGGGCCAGUGUCAGGGCAAGAAGGCAGCAUGCAACGGCUGGGUCAUUGAGAAAGUGUGUGACGGCGAGGACUGUGUGUGUUGCAUCGAUGAGACAACAACCACCACAACCGCAGCACCCACCACCACCACAGCACCCGUCACCACCACCACCACAGCACCCACCACCACCACAGCACCCACCACCACCACCACAGCACCCGCCACCACCACCACAACCGUAGCACCCACCACUACCACAACAGCCGCACCAACAACCACCACCACCACCCCCACUCCAACAACCACUACCACUACCCCAGCACCAACCACCACCACCACAACCACCACCACAACCCCCACCACUACCUCUACUAGCACCACUACCACAAGUACCACCACCACCACGACUACCACCACCACCACCACCACCACUACUACCACCACUACUUAAAAGUCAGGAGUGUGGUGAGGAGGGGAACAGAGUGUGGCACAGCAGGGUCCUGAUGUGCCGUGGCAGGAACGAGAAGCGGACGAGACACAUGGAUUUAUUUUAGAAGUACAAAAGUAAAAAAGAGAAAAAAAGGAAUCUAUGGCGGAGUAUUGUAUCUUAAGGACGGGUCAGCUGUAGUCUGCAUCCCCUCCCCGUUUUCUUUUCCCCAUCGAUUGUAUGGGAGUGUAUUUUAUUUAAGACAUGUUGUUUAAUACUUCUUUGAUUAGUCUAAUUACAUACUCUGCACUUUGCUGAGUUUGUUGUUUAUCUUAUUUUGUAUUUAUUCAUCAUAGUUUUCCUCUGCCUGUAAAGCUUUGUUGAUAUUCUGAAAUAUAUUUGUUUGCGAAUCUGCACUGCAUCAA